GAGUUUAAUAAGCGAGCAAGAGAGAGAGAGAGCGCGGGGUGGGGUGGGGGCAAAGGCAGAGCAUGUCCGCCAUCUACCCUCCGCUCCCGGGCGCGCUCUCAUUCAUAGCAGCCUCUUCAUGAAUUACAGCUGAAGGGGGCGGGGGAGGGGGGUACCACACAACACCCCGGCAAACCUCCGGGCCCCCAGGCAUGGCUAGCUCGUGUGCCGUGCAGGUGAAGCUGGAGCUGGGGCACCGCGCCCAGGUGAGGAAGAAACCCACGGUGGAGGGCUUCACCCACGACUGGAUGGUGUUCGUGCGCGGCCCGGAGCACAGUAACAUUCAGCACUUUGUGGAGAAAGUCGUCUUCCACUUGCACGAAAGCUUCCCUAGGCCAAAAAGAGUGUGCAAAGACCCACCUUACAAAGUAGAAGAGUCUGGGUAUGCUGGUUUCAUAUUGCCAAUUGAAGUUUAUUUUAAAAACAAGGAAGAACCUAAGAAAGUCCGCUUUGAUUAUGACUUAUUCCUGCAUCUUGAAGGCCACCCACCAGUGAAUCACCUCCGCUGUGAGAAACUUACUUUCAAUAACCCCACCGAGGACUUUAGAAGAAAGUUGCUGAAGGCAGGAGGGGACCCUAACAGGAGCAUUCAUACCAGCAGCAGCAGCAGCAGCAGCAGUAGUAGUAGUAGCAGCAGCAGCAGCAGCAGUAGCAGCAGCAGCAGCAGCAGUAGCAGCAGUAGCAGCAGCAGCAGCAGUAGCAGCAGCAGCAGCAGCAGCAGUAGUACCAGUUUUUCAAAGCCUCACAAAUUAAUGAAGGAGCACAAGGAAAAACCUUCUAAAGACUCCAGAGAACAUAAAAGUGCCUUCAAAGAACCUUCCAGGGAUCACAACAAAUCUUCCAAAGACUCCUCCAAGAAACCCAAAGAAAACAAACCACUGAAAGAAGAAAAAAUAGUUCCUAAGAUGGCCUUCAAGGAACCUAAACCCAUGUCAAAAGAGCCAAAAGCAGACAGUAACUUACUCACCAUCACCAGUGGGCAGCAGGAUAAGAAGGCUCCCAGUAAAAGGCCCCCCAUUUCUGAUUCUGAAGAACUCUCAGCCAAAAAGAGGAAAAAGAGCAGUUCAGAGGCUUUAUUUAAAAGUUUUUCUAGUGCACCACCACUGAUACUCACUUGUUCUGCUGACAAAAAACAGAUAAAAGAUAAAUCUCAUGUCAAGAUGGGGAAGGUCAAAGUUGAGAGUGAGACGUCGGAGAAGAAGAGGUCGACGUUGCCGCCCUUUGAUGAUAUUGUGGAUCCCAACGACUCAGACGUGGAGGAGAAUAUGUCCUCAAAAUCUGACUCAGAGCAACCCAGUCCUGCCAGCUCCAGCUCCAGCUCCAGCUCCAGCUUCACGCCAUCCCAGACCAGGCAACAAGGUCCUUUGAGGUCUAUCAUGAAAGAUCUGCAUUCUGAUGACAACGAGGAGGAGUCUGAUGAGGCAGAGGACAAUGACAAUGACUCUGAGAUGGAAAGGCCUGUAAAUAGGGGAGGAAGCCGAAGUCGCAGGGUCAGCUUGAGUGACGGCAGUGACAGCGAAAGCAGCUCCGCCUCUUCACCUCUCCAUCAUGAACCCCCGCCGCCAUUAUUGAAAACUAACAACAACCAGAUUCUUGAAGUGAAAAGUCCAAUCAAACAAAGCAAAUCAGAUAAGCAAAUAAAGAACGGUGAAUGUGACAAGGCAUACCUAGAUGAGUUGGUAGAACUUCACAGAAGGUUAAUGACGCUGAGGGAAAGACACAUUCUGCAGCAGAUCGUGAACCUUAUAGAAGAAACUGGACACUUUCAUAUUACAAAUACAACAUUUGAUUUUGAUCUUUGCUCGCUGGACAAAACUACAGUCCGUAAAUUACAGAGUUACCUGGAAACAUCUGGAACGUCCUGAGGAUACAACAACUGGAUGCAUCAAAAAACUUAUUUUUUUUGGUUGUGAUUUUUUUGUUGUUGUUGUUUAUAUGAAAACACUCAGAAUGAUACAACCAAAAGGGAAAAAAAAUAAAAAUCAAACAACCUUCA